CAUGGGAGGAGGGAGGAGGGAAGGGCGAGAAGAGGAGAGGUGCGGGGGUCGAAGCGCCGGGUUGAGCCGCGUUCGACAAUAAGUAGCUUGGCUCGACGAGAGUGGGUCGAUGUCGAUGUCGAGAGAGAGAGAGAGUGAGUGAGUGAGUGAGAGGGAGGUCGGAGGAGGAGUAGAUGAUGAGGAGGACGAGUGGACCGAGAUUUGUACACAGACCGGAGAGACGCGUGGCGCGGACGGGGUUUAUUGUCCUCGCAGCGAGUGUCGUGCCAUCGCCUUGCCUGGCCACCUUCCCUGCCCCCCACCAGUAUUGUUCACCCAGCGCCUGCAGGGCAUGUAGGGCACCCUUCAAAAUUGAGGGCCUCUUCAGGUGCCUCUUCCGGCACUUCGGGAGAGGCCACCCCGGGACGCGACCAUGUUCUGGGUCAGUGCCUGGCACGUGGGGCUUCGUCCACACUUCCGCUCCAGCGCUCCAUCGUAUGCUGUCGUGCAUGGUGCAUGCAUGGUCCCACCAACGCACAAACAUGCGCAUGUCUUGCCGCGCUAUUGUGCUAUUGUGCGCACCGACCGAUCCAUGAUAGUGGAUCUGGCCGACGUGGACGGGCGGAUGGGCGAGAGACAGUUAGUUGGCUAUUAGCCAGGGAGCUGCGGAGGCGCAGUGGUGCCAUGGAAUUGCGUGUGCGCGGUUGGACGAUGCGGCGA